UGCGACAGAUUUGUUUAACAUAGGGAUAAUGAGUUAUCGUUAUUGUCUUGCAGAUCGCGUUUUCAACCACGAAGUGUCGAAUGAAGACAUUUUCGCCGAAGCGAUGCAGCCCAUCAUCAACGGGGCCGUAGAUGGCGGCAAUGGGACGGUCAUCGCGUAUGGCUAUACCGCAACAGGCAAGACCUACAUAAUGAUAAUCAGUGAUGAAAGUCCUGGGAUGCUCCCUCUUGCCUUCAAGAGCCUCUUCCAGUGUAUCAGAGAAAAGCCUGAUCGCCAGUAUACCAUCAGAGCUUCUUACCUGGAGAUAUAUAAGGAUCGCAUGGUGGACCUUCUUGAAACCACUGGCAAUAUUCGGGGCAAGAAGACUCUGCUGCUGCUGGAAGACCCGUCAGGCCAUUUUUAUCUGCUGCGUACUAUGCACCGCGCGAACAGCUACACACAUGUGUCCGCCACCUGUAUCAACAAAGUUCUCGCGCCCACUCGAUCUUCAGAACCGUGA